GAGUUAUCACUGUUCGUUUUACCCGCAAUUUUAUUCUACCAUUUCCAUAAUCUUUUGUAACUAUUGAGAUUUAGAUUUGGAAUUGAGAGUAUUUGUCAUUUGAAUACUUAAAACAGUCAAAACGGAUAUAAUAGUAAUAUUCUUAUUCUAUGGUCAAUUGAAGCUUAGUGUACUUGAGAGUUAAGAAAAGUGCAGAACAGCGUCAACAAUAAUCAUUUAAUCAAACUAAUGUUGUGAAAAUAUAAAUUAAUUAUUAUUAUUUUUUAUUUUCUAUUUAGUGCAAUAUACGGUUUGAUAUCUCUUACAUUUUUUCGUAGUAGUUACAAAGACUUGUAUUAUAAAAACCGUCCAAAAUAUUAAUUUUAAAGUUCUUGUCAUACUGUUAUGGCUCCUAGAGGUAGAAAGCCAAAAGUAAAAAAUGAACAAGAAUCCACAGUGUUUGAAAAAAAUCGUUAUAUCAUUUUACCAGAUGCUUUAACAAAUGAUAAAACUGCUGAUCGACAAUUGAUAAAACUGCGUCAUCCACAAACUAGUGAAUUGGCUAUUUUUGUGUAUUCUGAAAAUGAUAAGACUCUGGCACAAAUGCGAUCUUUACCAUUUAGUCAUAGAUCAUUUUUUAAAGGUAAUAAAGUCAUUCCUAUUGAUAGGAUUGAUUUUGUAACAUUAGUUGAUCCUCUGUUUCUUUUUCUACCAUAUUUUAUCAAAUGUUCUUCCAUGUUCUGUCCCUUGGAUCAAAUUUUAGUGGAUGAACAUCUUCCGGAAUUAAAUAAUCUUCUAAUGAAAUUAUCGGAAUUGGCAAAUUUAAAACAAAUUGCUACAAAAAAAGAAGUUGGAGAUUUAAUUCUAUGGCAAUAUAAUGAAAAUAAUACAUUAGAAUGGCUUACACCUAAAAUAAAUAAAGUAGCAAAAGUUUUAAUUACUCAACAAAUAAAUGUCAAUCAAAACGCAGCCAUUUCAUCCUCAUUUAAACUGAGUGAAACAAGCAUAAACUCAACUGACGAACAAUACAAAAGAUAUGCAUACGAUAUAAUCUCGGAAUAUUUACAUAUUGAUAUUCAAAAAUCAUUAUUAAAACAUCUCGGGCUUCCAGAAAUAGUAGAAUGUAAUAAACGUAAAGCUGAUGAAAAUAGUGAUGUAAAUAAAAGAACAAAAUUCAUUAAAGUUGAUUAUGAAGAAAUGCCUCAUAAAGUUGAAAAGACUAUUACUCCUAAGUUAACUGCUAAAGACAAAGCAUUAAAAAAAGCUGCUACAGGAACAAAAUCAAUAUCAUCGUUUUUUAAAAAAAGUAUAUAAAUGUAUGUCUAUGAAUGAAAUAUGAUUAGUAUAACUUUUUUCUUGUUAAAGGCAGAUUGCUAUACUAUUUUGUAUUGUAUGUAAAUUAAAAAUAAAUAGUUUUCUAUUAUUUAUAUACAUAAUA